AUGGAGGAGCCGCCGCAGCAGCAGCAGCAGCAGAUGACCACCACUGCCAACUAUGACAAAGCUAGUGUCGUCUACCUCUCGAACAGUCUGGUCCACACCAAUGCACUAAACAUGCUUCUGUCUACACCACACUGUGUGAAGAAGACUGCAAAGCAAAAGAGGAAAUCUGUUGACUACAGUAAUGUUCUUCUAGCAUUACCUUUUUGUCCAUUGCCAGCAAAGAAAAUGGUGCCAGGUGCUGCAGGAAAGGAAAGGGCAGCAACCAACAAUAACACUACAGGUGGUGGACCAUCAAUUUCAGGAAACAAGAAUCCUAAGGCUGCACGUGCACCCAAGAAGGAAGCACCAAUGAAAGGUUGUCUAGGUGAUGUAACUGAACCAAAUGAAGAAGCAGGUACAGUGCUGCUACAGAACCCUGGGAAUGCAGAAGAUACUCUGGAAGAGGAUCCUGCAGUGCAACAACCAAACGACGUCAAUACUGAACAACAGACCAUAGAGGAACAAGCAGUUGUCGAGAACCAACAAGACAUUGUGGUUAAUCAGCAACACCUUCCAGAAGAACAAGCAGGCAUAGUGCGAGAACAAAACAUUCAAAAUGCUAUAGAAGAAAAUGUGCCAGAGGAUCAUGCAGUUUUUGCUGAUAUAUUCAACUUUCCAUUGAAUAAUGAGCUCGUGGAUCUUGGACAAAUUGAAGACAUUAUGGAGGAUCCAGCUGGAGUUGAGAAUAAACAAAAUAUAAUCAAUAAUCAGCAACACAUUCCAGACCAACAAGCAGGAAUAGUGCAACAGCAGAACCCUGCUGAAAAUGCCAUAGAAGUUGCAGAGGACGACCCUACAGUCUUCGGUGAUAUAUUCGACUUUCCAUUAAAUAAUCAACUUAUGGACCUAGACUGA